UAAACCAUCUCCGCUGUCUGCCCGAUCGCCGUGGUUAUCUAUACGAUCUAGGGUUCGAUCGAUCCUCCAUCCUUCUACGUUUUCUCUUCUCGGAAAUGGCGUCCGUAAUCUUCACUGUGGCGAGCAGUCCGGUGCUGCUCCGGCGUCAGUUCGUUGCCGGAAAGCCCCUCGCCGCUGUGAAUAGUCCGCGGCCCUGCGCCUUUCCCCGGAGGGGCGCCUUGGUUGCGAAGGCGGUGACGAAGUACAAGGGGACGCAGAUGAGGGAGCAGCGCCUGACGGACAUGAUCGAGAAGAAGGUAAUGGAGGCGACGGAGGUGUGUGAGGGCAACGCGGAGUCGGACGAGUGCAAGGUGGCGUGGGACGAGGUGGAGGAGGUAAGCCAGGCGAAGGCCGACUUGCGCACGAAGAUGGAGAAGGAGGACCCGCUCGAGUCCUACUGCAAGGAGAACCCGGAGACGGACGAGUGCAGGAUCUACGAAGAUUGAUUGAUGGAUUGAAGUUCGCUUCUCCGAUUAGGGUUCACGACGGUCCUCUUUCCUUUUUUCACCUUCAAGCAAGGGGGGAAUAGGGAGGGAAAGCUGAAUGGUCACGAGUUUUGAGUCUUCUGUACAGGUCGAAAAGCAAAAAACAGGUGGUCCCGCUUGAAGGAAAACGGUCUUUGUUGGGUGAAAAAUGUUAUCUGGCGUAUCCCUUCAAGCUUUCCUUGUAUUCAACGUUAAUCUUGCGUCUCCUUGUUGAAUAUUUUUCUUAAAUAUUUUGAGGCUCUAAGAGUUUGGUUUCUUCGUUUCAA